AUGUCCACUCCCCAACCUGAAACAAGCUGCGGGGUCCGAGCCUUCGAGGCCCUGAGGCAGGCCCUGGGCGAUCCGCAGGACCCGGAGGAGAGGGUGGGGGUGAGGCCGUGCGCCCCCCCCUUCCUAGGCACAGAGACCCCGCGCAGCCUCGGCCCCCGGGUCCCACCUCCUGUCACCGGCAGGGGGAGCCCCUUCCCAAGGCCGCUGGGCCCAUUCUCCAGACCGAGAAUGCAGUAUGGGGGGUCCAGGCUGGGGGUCGUGGGGGGCCCCGCGCGGCCUGGCCCCCGCCUCUGGAGGCCGGCGCUGCCCAGCCGCGGGCGCCCCUGGCCCGCUCACCUCUCGGGUGCCCGCGAUCGCGCGGCGUCGCCCCCGCGGCCGCCCCCCAGCUCCGCGGCCGGUGAGGACCCCCCAGCUCCCUCGCCCCCGGGGGGUUCUAGAGGGUUCUGCCCCCGCCCCCAGACCAGCGGCGAGCAAGUCCCCCCGCUCGCCGCGCCCCCGGCCCGGGCGCCCGCUCGCUCCGCACUCACCGCGCGAUCCGGGGUGCGCACGCGCCGCCGCCGCCACCGCGCCGAGGGGGCCCCGCGCCCCGCCCCGCCCCACCUGCCCGCCACGCGAGCCCCGCCCCCAGGGGGGAUGGGCCCCGGGCCCCGCCCCGCCCCCAUUGCGCAGAUGGGGAAACUGAGGCCCCGCCGGCGGCUCGCGCUCCCCCAAGGCCGGGCCUCGAGUCAGCGCAAACCAGCCUCUGGACUCACAGUCCGGCCUCCGGGCGCCGCCGCGGCCCCUCCCGAGUCCCCUGCGUUGAGCCUCGGGCCAGCCCCAGGGCGUCCACUCGGACCGGGUGCCGAGGCCCCCCUUGCUCGCUCUCAAACCACCCCACACCCCCCACACCCUCGCCAUGGCCAAAGCUGA